UUCAGUCCACUACGUGCAAAACAGGCCUUAUCAGAACUACACUUCCCAUAAUGCACCAGAAUGCUAGUCCGCCACGGGAUUGCCAGAAUUCAAAGCGGACCGCAGACAGUUACCCAUCAGACUAUUUAGCGGUGCACAGCACUGAAAACUUAAAUCCAUCAGUUCAGGGAGAGAAAAGUGCACUACCACCAUAAACAUUAAACACUUUCUCAAAACUGAGAAUGACAGAUCGAGCAAACAACUUCCCACCUCUGCCAAAGUUUAUGCGCAUAAAGCCAUGUUUUUACCAGAACGUGGCUGAGGAAAUCCCACAACCCUACCAGCAGCUUGUGCGUCGUGUUUACAAUCUUUUGUACUGUAUCACACUGUGUGUCAAUGUGGUGGCCUGCAUAGCUUGGUGGGCCGGUGGAGGCGAAGUCGACAACUUUGGGUUUGCGCUUCUCUGGCUGCUGGUUUUCAGCCCAUGUAGCUACACCUGUUGGUUCAGGCCACUCUAUAAAGCAUUCCGGGCUGAUAGUUCCUUCAACUUCAUGGCAUUCUUCUUCAUUUUCUUUCUGCAAUGUGUUCUUGCCUUCAUCCAGAGUCUUGGAAUAUCAGGUUGGGGUGCUUGUGGUUGGAUUGCCACGGUGAUGUUUUUCGGCACAAAUGUAGUCUCGGCUAUAUUCAUGCUCAUCUGUACUCUGCUCUUUACCAUAGAUACAGUUCUAAUGGUGUUCAUUCUUAUCAAGGUUCAUCGACUGUAUCGCGGUGGAGGAGGCAGUUUUCAGCAGGCACAGGAAGAAUGGAGCACGGGUGCGUGGAAGAGCGCCCCUGUGAGAGAAGCCGGAUUCAACACCAUCUCUGAAACCGGCCCCAGCCUGCCCCAGUAUCCAGCCGCUGUGCCCAAUUACCCAGAGAGCGGGCCCUGGUGAUACCUUUUCUGAGCUACAGAUGGGGCCAGAGCACUACUACUUGUCUUAACAUUAAAGUUUGAAGUGGGACCGCAAGAAAACACUUUGGCCAGAUCACGAACUUGAGAAUAGUUCAGUUGUUUUUGUACAGUGUAGCAAAAAAGAUCUUAUGUUAAAUCACUCCUUAAAGAAUGUGUAUAAAUCUAAUUCAUUUGUUUUUUCGCCUUAAAAAGAAUAGAUCUUUUGAACACUUUAAUGUGAAUGAUGAUCAAAAAUGUGUCAAACCAUCCAUCCUGGAUGCAAAUUCUGACAAAACGCCAAUAACCAAGCCAAAUAAGCAAACUGCUCCUUUAAAAACUCUCUACAACUCUCAAAUCAAUGGUAAAAUGGUGGACCAUUAGUAUAGAAAAAGCAAAAAAGGACACUAUUACAUUGAUGAAUUCAUCUCAGUUCAUCUGAGCCUUGAUUUUUCUUAACAUUCCAUUGAAUUGCUUGAGAAAGAAAUCAGAAUAGUUUCAUAUCAAAUCACUGAAUUGUGUUCGAAUAUAAAUGCACAUUGUAUCACGUACAAUCACAUUACCGUUUCAGGGAAAGUGCAUUUUAAAAGAGUAAAAAGCAUGCUGGAACAUUUUUUUUUCUAAAUCAUGGCAGCUUUUCUAUUUACCUCGAGAAAUUCGGUCUCACAUUUCCACAUCAGUGCUUCUGCAAUUCAUUUCAAACUUUGGUUAAUUAAUCCCUCACUUUUAAGACUCACAAGCAUGUCUUUGUAAAUAGUUUGAUUUGCAUGACACCUUUUUUAUAUUGCUACAAAGCAUUGCAGAUUUUUUAAGAUCUAUGACUGAGAAUGUUUCUUGCAAACACAUCUAGUGCCUGCUUUCUUUUCUGUUUCAAAGCUUUCCAAAUCUUCGAAAUGAAGACCGCCUUAAUUCUUCAUGCAAAUUAAGCAUGUGUGAACCAAUAGCUUUCAAGCUUCCCUUAAGUGCUACAACUCUAUUGACUGAUGUGACUACAUCCUGUGCUGUUUUUAAUACUGGCUUCUAAGUAUGUAUUACUUUGCAGUUAUUCCUGGUUUUACUACAGUAAUCAUUGUGCUUCGUAUUGGAGCAUUGUGAUUACAAAUGCUUUUGGGUGGUGGCACUCAUUAUGAACAUGUGACUUGAUCUUUAUUACUUUUCGUUUAAAAUCUCCCUCCACCGAGCCAAAGGAGGCUGAUUUUGAAAUGUUCAAUGAAUGGCCUUGUGUAGCCAAAGUAUUUAACAAUCCUGCAUCUAAACUGUGACCAGAAUGGCUCUCUAACUAACUUUAUUUCAAUAAAAACAUUCCUUUUCAGACUGAA